AUAUUCAGUUCUCGCUUAGCCGCCGACCGGUGAGCACGCGUACUUCGACGGCGAAAUGAACGAACCAAUUCCGAUAAUUGACGAAUAAACGUGAGCUUAUUAAUUGGAUUUACGGCGUUGUGAUUGAGAUACAAGACGAUUUACAUAGAAAUUGUAUUGUAAACGUGUUUCGAUUAAACGAACAGUUUUUAAUUAUGAAAUUUUGAUUUUUCUGUGUGAUGUGUUUGACACUGUGAGUCGUUAUUGUGGUUUGUGUUGUUUUGUUUUUUAUGGAGACUUGAAACGUGGCAGAACCCGCAACGGAUAUUUCGAUCCCGUCGCCGAAAGAUUAUCUCGAGAAUCGAUUCUCGAUAAUCAGGAACUUGAUUCGAUUGUUCGGUGAGAUCGAAUCGAUAGGAAGAAACAUGAUAUCGUUGUACGAAGACAAAUAAGUGCUAAUAAUGUGAGUGCUGUGGUUAUGGAUGAAAAUAAAAUAAAUGUGGAUAAUAAAUAAAAUGUAUGGUGCUUCGAACAGGCUGUUUGCAGAGAAGAAUCAACAAUGAACAAAAUGACUACGCUACAUUCUGUGUUCGUUUGCAUAGCACUGCAUUUCAUUGGUACAGUGAAUACACUAAAGUCGCUGCAGAUUCACGUACCGACAGCAGUGCUGACAGGUUACGACGCAGAACUAAUGUGCACAUACGAACUGGAAGGUGCACAGUUAUACUCCAUAAGAUGGUAUAGAAAUAUGAUCGAGUUUUAUAGAUACGUUCCCAAAGAGUCGCCCGCGACUAAAGUAUUCCCCGUAGCUGAAAUUAAGGUUGAUGUAGCAGCUUCAGACCAGAACAGGGUGGUACUAACAGAGGUAGACCGCACAUUGACGGGAGAGUACCAGUGUGAGGUGUCUGCAGACGCACCACUCUUCCACACAGACAUCAAGGCAGCUAUGAUGGUAGUAGUCGAACCGCCUCUAACAAGUCCGAACGUGACGUCGGACCGUAUCUCAUACAUCGGCGGCGACCACAUAAGGGCCAACUGUUCAUCACCGCCGUCACUGCCCGCUGCCAACAUCACGUGGUACGUCAACGAGCAAAUGGUGCCUGGUUUCACAGCCAACCAUGUGCUCAACUAUAGCAAUGGCUACGCAUCCAGUCUGGCGACGCUGGAGUUGGAAGCCGCCGUACAUUCCCCAGUGCCUACACUCAUGAUACGAUGUGAAGCGUCAAUUUUCGACGUUUGGAGAUCGACAAGUCAUACGAUAGUAUUACGGGAGCGAAGUGCCAACCCUGCUUCAGCUUUAGGCAGAAGUUUUACAGGUGCAGCAACAGAGACGUGUCUCCCAACAAUAAUGGUACUACUACUCCAGUUCUUCCUCCAGCUCCUACAGAGAUACAGCGGGACGUCAAUAAGAUAGCUGUAACGCCUACUUGUAAUGUAGAAUUAAUCAUUUGUACGUAACAUACGAUAAUUAGAUAAUAUCAGGGUUGAAGCAAUUGGAACGGAAUUUAAGGUAAUAUAAAGAAUUGUCCCUGCUUUGUGUGUAUAGAUACAGGACGAUCUUUUUUUAAGUGGAGCAGUAAAUGUGUGAAAGUUGGAUUGUACGUUUAAUUUGUAAAAGGAACAAGAUGUUUUUUUUAAGAAAUUUGUUUUUAAAUAAAUUGCACUAGGAUAUUUCUUCUGUUUACAAACACAAGUUCACAUACACAUGACAUCUAAACCCGAAACAACAAUUAGUGGAUCGCACAAAGGGUUGUUCCGUGAGGGAUUUGAACUGGCUAUACGUUGCACGGCAGUCCUAGACUAGUCAAUGACGGUCCUAGUCACUGAACCAACCGUGCAGUCAAAGUAAGUACUUGAUGUAUUCGUUUUUUUAUUUGUAACUAAUGAUCAUGCCAUCCAAGUAUUUGUUGUUUAUUUAAUUUAAGACAAAAAAGCCAUACAAUUGUUAAUAAAACUCACCAUGAUUUUCAACAAAUACAAAACUAAAAAUAAUCCAUCUAAAAUUGUCACCAAGUACUCCAUAGACUAAUCAAUCCGUGUUGUAUGAAUAAUGCUUUCAUUUUAUGGCAUUAAGUGCGUGGGUUGGUUUUAUUGCAAGCGGCUGGCCAAUCCUACGGUUCCAAUUCUGAUAAUUUAUAAACGGCUUAAUUGAGCUGUCGGCUGUGUAUUUAGAGUACGGAUUUAGCCAUUCCGCUAUAAGUAUGCUCAUCUGGUUUUGUAUGAAAUAUCUAAUACAUGAAGGACUUUAUUUUUGAGCGUAGGCGGAGAUUUAUAUAUGGCCAGUCUCUAUGAAAUGUCGGUAAAUUUGUAUGGAGCUUAUGUGUGUGAAACAUUUUUCGCUUUAAUAUAGUGGCUAAAUCUACCGACGGAAAGGAUUUUGGAAUUCGCCAUUUAUAUUUCUAAUAUUAAAAACUAAACUUGUUUUCAGUCAUUAACAGUGUUUAUAAUUAUUAUUUACAUUAAUUAAUUAAUAGGUACACCAUACCAAAUUUUCUGUCACUCAUAAAAAAUAGAACUAAAAGAAUAUAUCUAUCUAUUGCAAAGGUUCCAUUUCAAAGAAUUAAUUAUUCAUUUACUAUUAAUAAAUACAGUAACAAUAUUAAAAAUUAACAAUAUUAAAAAUUUAAUUUCGUUUUUACAUUCUGCGAAAUUCACGAAAAUUAAAAGGAUCGAAUGCAAUGAAAUGUAACUGUUCCAAUGUAUAUGAAUUAAUAUUAAUUACAAUUAAAUAAUAAUCUGUUAUAUGGAACGUGUAUUAUUGUUACUAUUUAUGCAAUCAAUUUUUCAUAUAAAUCAAAUUCCCUGUUUGUUCAGUAUAAUAGCAAUCAAUAUUUAAUGCAAACAUUCGCGAUAAUUUAUAAAAUAUACAAUUAGUUAUUCAUUUUGUUAGCUUUGUGUGAUUUAUAGUGCUUUUCCACCAGAAAUGUGCUAUGCUACGUUGUUGUAGAUGCGUUUGGCUUCCACUAAUCAUAUUCAUUGGUACACAUAACUUAGCACUUGUGGAAACAAACUCGACUAAGCUAUGUUUUUUCUUUAUAUGGAAAGAUACGUGCUAUGGAUGGCUUCCAUACUAUUGAUAUAAUUAUCGCAUACUAGAGCUGCCCAUCUUCAUUCCAUAUCUUACUCGCACAGCUACAUAGCUCAGUUAGUAUCAAUGGAAACAGUCACAUAGUUUCACAGCUUAGCACCGUUAGGAAUAAUAGUACCUAAAUAAUUAUUGUUUAUAGUUUUAAAAAUAACAUAAUCUAGUUAGAAAAAUGUUAUGCUAUAUUUUAACGUUAUUUUGUUACAAAAAGAAAGUUUCAAGGAAAUAUCAAUUGUUUUCUACUUUGGUUACAUAAACAGUAACAAUAAUAAAUUCCUGUAAUAACAGAAUAAUAUUAGGAAAUUAUACUGUUAACAUAGACUGAUUACUUAGAAUAAUUCAUUGUAAAUAGUUAUAAUAGUAAUUUGUUUGUAAAUAUUUACAAACCAAGUUAAUAAUAAUGUUCAUUUUUAAUCGUAAUAAUAAUGUUAAUAUUUCUAAAUAAUAAGUGUUAGUCCAAUUAAUUAUUAUUAUGAUAAACAAGAAAAUUAUUAUUGAAUAUUAUGUUUGAUAAAUUAAGUUAUAAAUUUUAUAUUUAAAGUUAAUUCUAAUUAGCUUUGUGUUUGUUAAUAAUAAUUAAUAAAUAAUUUAUCGAAACUCUUUAUUUAAUGUUAAUAAUAAUAACGGAUUUUAAUAGCUAUUGCAUAGGUUAUAAUAUUACGUUGAACCGUGUAUGAUUUCUUAACAAUAUAAUUACAUUGUUAAAAACCAUUAUAGCGUUAUUAUGUUGAUUAUUAAAUUCAAAAAUAGCUAACAAGGCUGUGUUUAUAAAUAAAUUGAAAAUGUUAAAAUAAUAAUUAUUAGUUAAAUUAAUUUGCUAUACUUUAAAAUUGAUGGUGCAUUAAAUAAUUGUAUAUUAUAAAGUGUUAAAUAUGAUUAUAAAUUUGUAAAUAAUUAUGAAAAUAUUGUUGUAUAAGAAUUAAUAAUAAUGUUUUUAAGAACUGGAAUGUAUGAACGAAGUAAUUAUUUUUAUUGUGUAAUCUUAAAACCUAAAGUUAUACGAGCCAUACACAUAAUUAUAUUAUGAUGUUAAAACUGGAAUUUUAACAAACCCAGAAUAUGCUUUGUUUGUUAAUUAAUGAAUAUUAUUUUGCAGAAUAUUUUAAUACACGAUAUAGAUAUAAAAAAUAUUUUAUACAAAUAAUUCCAUACGCAAAUGUUCCAUUUUUAUUUUCUCUUCCGAUAUUAUUCGAAAAUAUAACCAAACUUUUCAUCUCUCAUUCAAAAAUAUACCUUUUUAUUAUUCUAUACAAAGUUUAAAAUCUCUUGCCUACCAUUUGUUUAAUUGAAAUACAAAAAUGUAUUAUUAUUUAUAAAUUCAAUGGCUUUUGAACUCGU